CCUCCAUGAAGGUCCGGUGUGGCAGAAUGGACCAAUGAGGAAGACGCAGUCCUCGCAUUAACAUCGCGCGCUGCUCCUGCUUAAACCUUUUCACGAUUGCCUCCGUAGCUAUAUCAUUUCUGUAUCACAGCUGUUAAACAGAACAUCAUUGGCAAACAUCAUGAACUUGCGUCUUUUCCCACUUUUUAUGCUCUUCUUAGCCGUAUCGCAGUUUUUUUGCGAGGACAACGACCUCCAAGAAGUCGAUGACUACUGGAUGAACAACAACCAAAUCCUGGAUGGCUGGAUAUCCACUGACCCAUUCAGAGAAAUUCUUUUAAGGAGAACAAGAAAGCCACGGCCACACCAGUUUGUCGGCCUGAUGGGGAAGCGCUCCAUGGCAAAGACAGAGAUUCCACGCAAAAGGCAUAAAGUCAACUCUUUUGUUGGUUUGAUGGGGAAGAGAGACCAAGAAGAGCCAGAUUCUCACGAGUGGAGCACAUUCCAGAUGUACGACAAGCGCCGCUAAGAAAAAAUCUACUCCUCACCUGGCUGUUUCCCAUUUUGACAUUAAUCAUCUGUGAUAAGGUUAUUCAAUGGUUGAGUUUUUUUUUUUUGGGGGGGGAAGUUGUUUAUU